AUGGAGGCGCGUUCUCGCGAUCAAGAGCACAGCUAUCCGCCAGUGUAUCGUUUCUGUCGAUUCCUCAGAGGUGCACCACUUACAACAGCGGAGAGGGGGUCAGGGUCUCCGUUGUUCCGCUCCCUCCAUCCUGCGGCUUUGACCUGCGCUGUCGCUUCUUGUGCGGAGAAAGAAGAGAAGUCUUUCCUGUCCAGUUUCCCCUCUUUUGGCCUGUUCGACAAAAAGGACCCGAAGGAUGACGGAACGAAAUCCUCGUCAACCUCUUCCUUCUCCCCAGACGCUUCCACGUCGGCGCGUCAGGCUUCUCCUGGAGACACUGGUGCAGUGGGGGGACCAAGCAGUGAACCUGGGACGUUGCCCACCGGUCAGCUAUCACCGGGAGGCUCGGCCGUCGGAUCAUCUUCUGAAGCAGGUGAAUCCGCCUCCAACCCGUUUCUCCAACCCCGAAGCAAGGAAUCCGAUACUUCGAGACCACCGAUUCCUGUGCCGUACGAACAAUUUUCCCGCGAGUGGAUGGCAGUGGCCGGCCAAGACAACUUUGACGGAUUCCGACUGGAGGCGACGAAGCAAGUGAACAAGGUGCUCACGGCGAACCACACGUUCAUGCUCGGCACGCAGACGAAGGAGGGCGGGUGUUCGUACAGCUUCGGCCCCACCCUGGUAAUAGGAGAACCGGACGAGGCCGCACAGCAAGAAGGUCAGAUGCCCAGCUUCUUUGGAAUGGCCCGGAUGAACUCUGAUGGCUUCUUGCAGGCCAGGUUCAUCAAGGCGAUCACAAAAACCUUCGAUGUUAAAUUCAACUCAAACUCGUCUCUCAACGAGGAAUCGAAAGACAAAUCGAUGUACGAAAUCUCCUUCGACAAAAUGGGAAGCGACUGGGCCGCGAACCUCAAACUCGCAUGGCAAGGCACUUGGAUUUUGAACGGCCUCUUCUCUCAAGUCAUUACCCCAAAGCUCCAGCUGGGAGGCGAGCUCACCUGGGUAGCUGCUACCGGCAUCUCCAUGGGGAGCUUUGGAGCGCGUUACGGGUUCGACGAGAAUAAUGUUGUCACCUGCCAAGUCGGAGUCGGUCCUGACUUCAGUUCCCCGAUGGGCUUCGCGAGCGAUGUGUACUCUACGAAGACUCAGUAUGUUCGAAAGAUGAGUGUGCUCUUGACGGGUGCGCCGUGGGGCUUUCAGGUUACAGACCGGCUGUCCAUGGGGACCGAGCUCGAGUUUACCCAUCCCGACAUGUCGUCCGCGAUGCGCGUGGGCUGGCAGUACCUUUUCCGGCAAGCGCGUGUGCAAGGACUGGUUGACACAGCAGGCCGCGUGUCGAUGUUUGCUCAGGACUACAAUGGAUUCGGUCUGAGCGGCAUGAUCGACUACUGGCAUGGAGACUACAAGUUUGGGUUCCAGAUGAACGUGGUGCCCCCCCCGCCUCAAGUGGAACAGCCUCCUCCAAUGUAG